AACAAAACAGUACCGGACAGUACAAAGCAACAUCAACCAAACUCGUGCUAGAAGUUCGUGAAGCCUUAAUGAAGCUGAAACUGCGAUGCGCUGGCAGCAAGUCUUCGAUCAAAUGAACACCAUCAAAUCCGCGAAGAUGCAGCUCGGCCAGACUGCAGUCUCCGUGGUCUACACCAUUGCGGGCUUGGCCAAGCACAUUCACCGGAGCUGCCUUAUCGUGGACACCCACGAUGCGGACGCCAACUGCGACGGUCCCGACCUGGACUUCGUUUACGCAGAUGUGGACGGAUACCAGAACGAGAUUGCGGAGCUUUACAGCUACACGGAGUUCAGCGAGUUCCAGAUGAACGUGAAAGCUUUCGAGGACCAGAUGGAGCUGUACGACCUACCGCCCAACUGGCAGAAGCAGGACUCGGCCUCCCAACGGGGCAUCGUUAUGAAGCUGGUGGACCAGCUGGAGGUCUCUGACCGUUCCUUUCGGAUGCAGGCCGCCCGAUGUAUCCUAUACUUGGCCCAGGGAUGUUGGGCGGAGGUCCAGUCGGACGAGGAGCAGCACCAGAUCACCAGGGACAAUGUGCUAGUGCUGCACCAACUCGGGGUCUUCGCCUCCUUCAUCGACCUGCUCAACAUGGAGAUAGAGAGCGCCUGCUCCCCGGACAUAGUGGCUGUCAAGAUCACUAACGUCACGCUGGUGGACUCCACGGACAUCCGGGUGAUCCUUUCCGUGCUUUACAUAAUCACAGAGACCAUUCGGGACGAGAGAGAGCGGGGCAGCGAAGACUACAAAGAGCUGGCCGAGUCCUUUGUCCAGGAGAUCAACUCGCCACUGCCAGACGGCGAAUUGCUGGCCGUCAAGCUGCUGGGCAUGAUCACGAGGUUCUGCAGUGGCGCAGCCCCGCAGUUCCCCAUGAAGAAAGUCGUCCUGCUGCUCUGGAAGGUCUCCUUGCUCGGCCUGGGUGGAAUGGACGUGCUCAAGAAUCUCAAGAACGAGUACCGGAUGAAGGUGGGUCUAGAGCCCAUCAUCGAGGACACGCUGGAGGUCACUAAGUGCAUGAGGGCCAGCUCACCUCCUGCGACGGCCACCGAUAUCCUGGAAAACCAGUACCCCAAGAGGAACUUCAAACGCUCCCUGAUGAAGCAGCGCUUCCUGGACGAACCGGAGCAGAUCGACAUGGAGAUGGGUGGCAACGAGGGUCAGGGCAACGCGAACAACGGCAGUGGCAACGGUGGGAACGGCGAGGAGGAGCUCUCGCAGUACUACCGACCCUACGACGACCCGUCCUCGUCCGCCUCCACCACCUCGACGGCCAAUCCCAACAACCAGCCCAGCUUGACGCAGCCUCCGGCAGCCGUACCACCGGUGCAAAUUACCGCUCGCCUUCCCUGGACGCCCAAGGUGCGGCAGAAGGACAUCGACCAGUUCCUGGAUAUUUCGCGGAACAAGUUCAUCGGAUACUCGCUGAUCGGAGACCACGAGAGUCUGGCCGGGCUGCCAGAGCCCAUCCACGAGGGCUUCAAGACGCUGCAGCGGCACAUGUACAUGAGCCUGGCCGACGUGCAGAUUAAGAAGGAGGAGGACAUCGCCAGGAACCCCAUCUCUACGCACGAGGACGAGAUCAAGUUGACACCGGCAGAAGUUUUGUACCAGGCAAUUCUGCCCAACCUUCCGCAGUACAUGAUCGCCCUGCUCAAGGUUCUGCUGGCCGCCUCGCCCACCUCCAAGUCCAAGACGGAGAGCAUCAACAUAAUGGCUGACGUGCUGCCUAAAAAAAUGCCCCUGACGACUACGCAGUCUUCGAAGCUAACAGUCGACAUGGGUCGUCAUAAGGAGAUCAUUGUGAAGGCCGUCUCGGCCAUUAUCCUUCUGUAUCUGAAGCACUUCAAGAUCAACCACGUUUACCAGUUCGAGUUCAUGUCCCAGCACCUGGUCUUCGCCAACUGCAUCCCACUGGUGCUGAAGUUCUUCAAUCAGACGAUCACCGAGUAUGUGAACACCAAGAACUCUAUUCCACUGCUCGACUUUCCGUCGUGUGUCAUUGGCGAACAGCCGGAUCUGAGCGGAGACAGCUUUGUGUACGGCGGGGAAAUGUCCGACAAGCCCUACUCCUGGCGAAACGUGUUUUCCUGCAUCAACCUGCUGCGCAUCCUCAACAAGCUGAUCAAGUGGAAGCAUUCGCGCGUCAUGAUGCUGGUCGUGUUCAAGUCGGCGCCAAUCCUGAAGAAGACGCUGAAGGUGCGUCACGCUAUGAUGCAGCUGUACGUACUGAAGCUGCUCAAGAUGCAGACCAAGUACUUGGGCCGCCAGUGGCGCAAGUCGAACAUGAAGACCAUGAGUGCAAUUUACGCCAAGGUGCGGCACCGCCUCAACGACGACUGGGCCUUCGGCAACGACCUGGAGUCGCGUCCCUGGGACUUUCAGGCGGAGGAGUGCACGCUGCGGGCCUGCGUGGAUCGGUUCAACCUACGACGCUAUCCGGAGGCCACCCAGAAGUGUGGUAACAACGGCACCGCGGCUCAGAACGCGGAAAACGCCCAGCAGUCGAACAUGAUGGCUGGCAACAACGGAUGCGGCAACAACGGGACCGAGGCAAACGGCUAUGGAAACAACGGGGGCGGCGGCAACGGCGGCCACAACCAGCAGCAGCAGCAACUCAACGACUACGGCGUAGAGGGAGGCUUCCCCAGCGACGAGAUCCUCACGCACUCGGACUUCGCCUUCUUCGGCCACUCGGGCUGGUGGGACCGGAAGGUCGAGCUGACGGACUACUUCAAGGCCAACUACGCGGUGUGGCUGGAGGAGGAGGUGUACAACAGUCAGACCGACUGGGACGCGCUCUAGGACAGAGCAGCCGUGGCUGCUUUCUGAGCUCCGCAGCCGGAUCAACAUACGCAUCAUAUAAGAAAAAAGUUAUUACCAUAGUUGUAUAGCGUAAGAAAAUACAUUGAUAUAAUCCAUGUAGCCCGACCUCAAUUGGAACACCAACUACUCACUGAACUGGCAAUAAUCGGCAAGCCCCGGGCCUCCGCUCCGCUCCUCUUCACUAACUAGCAUAUGCGACUACCCCAUAACGAUGACAAGCCUGUAUAUUUAGUUAUUGUAUUUUUUAAAAAUUUAUAUUAUAUAUUUAUUAUUUGUCCUGUUC